GGAGAUUGCCAGAAGGCUUCAUAUGGAGCGGGCCUGGCUGUUGCUCAGGUGACUCACCGCUUUUGGAGAGUGCUGCUGUCCGUGCAACCAGCGAGCAGGGUCUCAGCCACGAUGAUUCAGAAUGUUGGAAAUCACCUCCGAAAGGGCCUUGCCUCUGUGUUCCCCAGUCGCCAGUCCCGGAAGUCAGCCUCACGCACAGACUUCAAAGACAGAGCCAUGGCCAAUGAUGAGGGGUACCGGAACCCCACAGAGGUGCAGAUGAGCCAGCUGGUGCUGCCCUGCCACACCAACCAGCGUGGUGAGCUGAGCAUCGGGCAGCUGCUCAAGUGGAUCGACACCACGGCCUGCCUGUCCGCGGAGAGGCAUGCCGGCUGUCCCUGCGUCACCGCCUCCAUGGACGAUAUCUAUUUUGAGCACACCAUUAGUAUUGGACAAGUGGUGAACAUCAAGGCCAAGGUGAACCGUGCCUUCAACUCCAGCAUGGAGGUGGGCAUCCAGGUGUCCUCCGAGGACCUAUGCUCUGAGAAGCGAUGGAACGUGUGCAAGGCCUUGGCCACCUUUGUGGCCCACCGUGAACUCUCCAAAGUGAAGCUGAAGCAGAUCACACCACGGACGGAGGAGGAGAAGACCGAGCACAGCGUAGCAGCUGAGCGCCGGCGCAUGCGACUGGUCUACGCCGAUACCAUCAAGGACCUCCUGGCCAAUUACGUCAUUCAGGAUGAUCUGGAGAGCAGAGACUGCAGCUACAUGGUGCCGGCUGAGAAGACCCGCGUGGAGAGUGUGGAGCUGGUCCUGCCCCCCCACGCCAAUCACCAGGGCAACACCUUUGGGGGCCAGAUCAUGGCCUGGAUGGAGAACGUGGCCACCAUCGCAGCCAGCCGGCUGUGUCGUGCCCACCCUACGCUGAAAGCCAUCGAGAUGUUUCACUUCCGGGGACCAUCCCAGGUUGGGGACCGCCUGGUGCUCAAGGCCAUUGUGAACAACGCCUUCAAACAUAGCAUGGAGGUGGGCGUGUGCGUGGAGGCCUACCGCCAGGAGGCGGAGACCCAUCGGCGGCACAUCAACAGCGCCUUCAUGACCUUUGUGGUCCUGGACGCAGAUGACCAGCCCCAGAGACUGCCCUGGAUUCGGCCCCAGCCUGGGGAUGGUGAGCGGCGGUACCGAGAGGCCAGUGCCAGGAGGAAGAUCCGCCUGGAUAGGAAGUACAUCGUGUCCUGUAAGCAGACGGAGGUGCCUCUCUCUGUCCCCUGGGACCCUAGCAACCAGGUGUACCUGAGCUACAACAAUGUCUCCUCCCUGAAGAUGCUUGUGGCCAAGGACAACUGGGUGCUGUCCUCGGAGCUCAACCAGGUGCUUCUGUACACUCUGGAGGAUGACAAGUACCUCUCCUUCCACAUGGAGAUGCUGGUGCAUGUGGAUGCAGCCCACGCCUUCCUGCUGCUCUCAGACCUGCGUCGGAGGCCCGAGUGGGACAAGCAUUACCAGAGCGUGGAGCUAGUGCAUCAGGUGGAUGAGGACGAUGCCAUCUACUACGUCAUCAGCUCUGCUCUUGGCAAUGACCCCAAGCCUCAGGACUUUGUGAUCCUGGCCUCCCGGCGGAAGCCUUGUGACAACGGGGACCCCUAUGUCAUUGCACUGAGGUCAGUCACGUUGCCCACGCACCCUGAGACACCCAAGUACAGGCGUGGGGAGACCCUCUGCUCAGGCUUCUGCCUCUGGCGUGAGGGGGACCAGAUGACCAAGGUGUCCUACUACAACCAGGCCACCUCGGGCUUUCUCACCUACGUGACCACCAACGUGGCCGGCCUCUCCUCUGAGUUCUACAACACCUUCAAGGCCUGUGAGAAGUUCCUUUUGGACAACCGGAAUGAUCUGGCCCCCAGCCUCCAGACCCUCUAGGCACUCGCAGCAGCUACCUCACUCCCACUCCAUCCUGCCAAGGACACACAUGCAGUGCAUGGAGGAAGGCAGAGGCAUUUAUUUCUUCCUGCCUCCCCCAUGGGAAGCACCCCUGGGUGGUCAGUUUCUGCCAGCAUCUGCCAGCAAAUCUCUGCGAUGACUCUGGGGCAGCCUGUAGUACACCCUGGUGCUGUCCACGGCCCUGGCUGCCAGCAGCGCUGUCCGCACAGAUGCAUAGCUGUCCUCCGCAGGGCUGUGUUCCACUGUGACAGUGGCCCGGGGGGAGGCUGCCAGUAACCUGGCCACGACUCCAGCCAUGCUCUGGCCCAGUGGCCCCGCCUGCAGCUGGAAGGACACAGGUUGCCAGAGACCCUGGCACAGCUCCAGCAUAUCUGUGACCAGCUGUUCCUUGUAGCCACUGCCUAGUACCUCCUUGGGCCAGCCCGGUGCCACUGUCACGUGGGGGAAAACCUCAGACACAGCUGUAAGCAACUCUUCGCCGGCCACGUGGCCAGGCACUGCAAAACUGCCAUAGGAGACUGUGGUCCCCACCCACACAGGCCGAGAAAGGUGACCAAGGUCGGAGAGGUGGGCCAGCACCGCCAGGGACGGCCGAAGGGCCGUGGGCUCUGCUAUGUGCAGAUGGACUCCCCAGCGUCCAGGAUGUGCGGCGAGCUGCAGCAGGCACGACUCCAGCGUCAGGGUAGGGCUACCCGGGGCACGUACGACAGGCACAGCGUCCCCAGCUGUGGGCUUCUGGAGACCAACGUUCAGCAGGAUCAUGCCUUCUUUGUCUGGAAGACGCGGUGGAGGCAACACUGGCUGGGGUUCAGUUAUCAUGGGGCGUCAGAGCCCCUUGUAAAAGGGGCAGCAGAGAGGUAACAGGCAGCCAAGGAGGAGUAGCUGGUGCCUCCACUGUCUGGAACCUGGGGACUGGGUCUGCGCUCCAGGUAGAAGAGCUGCUUCAGAAAUAUGCCCAGGGCUCAUCGCAAUGACUUGAGAAGCUGCCAGCUCAGCUCCUGGCCAUUGCUAGUGGAUAAGGGCGCAGAGGUGCUGGUCUGAGGGCCAGGGACUCCAUCCCCUUGGCAACACUGUCCUCCCCCACCUCCCAGCUGGCGUGUGGCCAUGGUAACAGAGUCCCUGCAGCUUAGCUAGCAGCAGAGGGGCUGUAGGCAGACCUCACCUGGGAGCUGAACUGUCACUGCUGUUCCAUUGCUCUGGAUGUCGGGAACCUGCCACUCCACCCUCAGGCUGUCGCUCCCGGGAAGCUGGAGAAGAGGGAUCAGGCUGCCCCCUGUGUAGUAGUUUCGCUUCCGUGUGGCGUUCACUGUGGGGUCCCAAAUUGUCACAAUAAAGCAGCUGCCAUUCACAGAGUGCCUCCUGAGAGCUGUGGCUAUACACGCUUUGUGACCCUCACAGCGACCUGCCUGGUAGCUGUGAUUUCCCCUUUUGUAGAUUACAAGUGACUUUCCCAAGAUCCUACAGCCAAUAGCAGAGUUGCUGGGAUUGGAACCCGACGGAGCCAGGCUUGUCUGGUCCCAAAGCUCUUAUUCUCCCCCCUCACCCAGAUGGCUCCCAAGGAAGGAAUGCUGAAUCUGAUGGAUCCCCUCUGAUGUGGCUUAACGGCAGGCUUUCCUAGGUUUGGGGUCAAGGGAAUGAGCGGUGCGAACAAGAGAACAGGCAGCACCUGGAUCACCGAUCAGCAGGUGGAGCAGAGAGAGGUCCCUCUCUGAAACAUUAGAGUAACCCGCAGAGAAACUGUGCUGCCAGGCAAAGUAAAUGGGGUUUGACAUUCUCUGGGUUCCGGCCCGAGCUGUGCUAUGCACAAGCUGAAUGACUUAGUAAAUCUUCUCCCUGUGCCGCCCAGGAUGUCCCCCUCCGAUGUCCGGCCCCUCCAGCUCUGCUGUACUCUGGUCCACCAGUGCUACCCAGUUCAGAAUCCAGCCCACUGCCCUUCCCCGCCCUCCUAGGUCACUCCCUACUGGCAAGCUGCUUGAACUUCGACAGGACAGGCUCGAAGAGAUCAUAGUAGAUUUGGUGGGUGGCACAGUUGUCUCGGAAGUAGAGGAGAUCAUCCACUGACACUGGGUCCGCGGUGCCCUGCCACAGCGUCAGGCUGUACCUGGGGCCCAGAGAGCAGGCUCGGUGUCCGUCUGGGCCCAGCUUGGUCCUCAGUCCCUGUGCUCAGAACUGGACCCUAGCUGGGCAAGGGCAGAGCAGCUGACUUCCCACCAGCCCUUUCUUCCAGGCCACCACCCCCCUCCUGAGGCCAGGAGAAGCCACUGGGGCUUCAGGAAUGACAACUGAAAGCAGAAGCCCAGACGGAGGGAGAGGAUGCCUAUUUCCUGUUUUAGGAAAGGGCCAAGGACAGAAUGGGACAGGCAGAGGGGACGGCGGGGGAAGCCAGGUGUGGAGGAGGGGGAAGCCUCAGUGUCCUGUGGGGAGCUGCUGAGGGUGGGGCAGGGUGGCUGGGAACAGACUGCAGGAGUGGAGACGGGGGACUAUCCUGGGGCAGAGGUGGCAGGGACAAUCUGGGCAGCCCCACCGCUGCUCCCCGUGGGAGGAAGCUGUGGGGAGACAAAGUGUGUCUCAGUGUGAACUCAAACAGGCAGAGACUUAGUUAUCCACAAAUGGAUGGGCUGCCACAGGUGAUCGUGAUCAGCCUGUCACCAGAAGUGUACGAGCAGAAAGGGAUGGAGUACGGGAUGUGAGCACCAGCGGAUGAGACUAGAAUCUUUAAGUUUCUGCCAGCCAUGAGCAUCUAGGAUCAGUGCCUGGGGGUGGGUUGGGCAGGGGCAGGAGUUGGGCCAGGGGGCUGGGAGUUUUCACCUGUCAGACUGGCCCAGCAGCCAGCUGAAGUGGGGCCAGGCAGCCCGCACCAUGACAGCCCGCACGGGGAAGGUGACCCUCUGUGGCAGCGCUCCUACCAGCCCCUGCAUCUUCUCCACCAUGGCUCGGGUGUAUGUGCUGUUCGGGAACAGGGGCACGUAGAGGGUGGUCCAGCCUGGAGACAGGGUGGCCUCAGGGUACUUUUCCUGGACCACGGCCAGGAACCUGCAGAGAAUCAGAGACAUCGGUUUCUUUGAGCCUGGCUGGCCCUUCCUCGUCUCCUGCGUUCCCAUCACGGUGCUAGGAUGUAGCAAGGCCCAUUGAGUCUGAAAGCACAGAAGCAGAGGCCUAAAGAGCAGAAGUGGCUUGUUUAAGGUCCCACAAAUAGGGCAUGAAUUUUGGAGUCAGUGGGGUAUGGCUUCAGGUCAUGACUGUGACCUUGGGCAGCUCAUUCAACCUCUUUCAUUCUCAAAGAUGGUAUUCCUGGGGGCGAGGAGGGGGGUGUGGCAGAGCCUCUUAAACAUCCCCAUAUGGACAGAGGCAAUGAAAUCCAGAGCCCCAGGGGUGGAGAUCUGGGCUCUGCCUGCUGUGAGAGUCUCUGAAGCUUCAGAUUUGACUUUAAAAUUUCAAUCAGAUUUUUCCCUGAUGCAAAUUUUAAUAGGCAAAAAAUGUUCCCAGAUCCUUCUCCCCAAACUAUUGAGUAAAAUCAAUACUCCCAGAAGACAAACCAUAUUUAUCUUGCGCCACUGACUACAUUUUUUCAAACUGCUGCUUUCCAAAUGCACCUCAUGUGAGAGUCACACAAAUUGGAUGGCUGGAUUGUUGGCUGGCGGGGUGGACAGCUAGAUGGCUGGAGGGAGGGAUGGUAAGGAGUGUGGGGCUUAGCAUCAAAGGCCUGGCUUUGAAUCUUGCUUGGCCGAUUACUAGACUUAGGUCAUUCGAAGAGUUAGGUCCUGUACUAACAAAAUGAAGAUAAUAGUACCUACCUCAUUCUCAUUGUAAGAGUUAAAUGGUAUUCUACAAUUAAAGUUCUUAAAAUAGUGCCUGGGGCACAUAAUAAACAUUUAAUAAAUGAA